GGCAUGCAUUCACACGAUUGUUGUGCUUUGCAUUUCUGGAAUGCGUCGCAAAGAGAUGGAGCGCCGCGGGGCGGCUCGACGAUGACUGGGAAGUGUACUAGUAUUCGUCGGCACCUGAUUGGCUCAUUGCGGGUGUGCCACUGAUAGGCGAUAUCGAAAUUCCCCGGAAUUCACCACACCGACAUCUCAAUUGCAUCUCUGUGGUGCCCGACCCAUCAUGCCAGCACACACAAUCCUGUUUUGGGUGACAUUACCCAUCCUCCUGGGCGUGGUCCUUCAUCAAAUUGGUUUCCAGGCUUUGCUGCCAGCUUCAAUACACGGAUACACUGGACUCAAGGCACUCCGUAGUCUCUUCGAGGAAACGCAUUGCUACGCUUCCGUCAAGACACUUGCGACUAGCUCACCCAACGCCGAAUGCUUUAGCGUUUCAAACGGAAGAUUUUCAAGGGUUUUCAAGGAUGACCUCAUCAAACAAGACUCAUCCUUCGAUGCUGUUAAGGAAGCACGCGCUGGACACGUCUAUCCAGGCCUGUGGGAUGGACACGGCCAUCUGAUCCAAUACGGCGAACUUCUCAAUUCCAUCAAUCUCUUCGGGUCUAGGUCCAUGGCUGAAGUGCAAGAUCGCCUCGUGCAGUACAAGGCGGCUCAUCUGGACGAAGGCACGAGCCAGCAUUGGAUUAGAGGUGUUGGCUGGGAUCAGGCACACUUCGAUGGUGCCUGGCCAAUUACGUCAGAUCUCGAAAUCGGUGAAGCUUUCAAAGAUCAGUAUGUCAUGCUCGACCGUGUUGAUGUACAUUGCAUCUGGGUCUCGGACAAGGUCCUCGAGCUUCUACCCUCACCACUACCAGAGGUGCCAGCUGGAGGAGAAAUUGUGGCGAAGGGUGUCUUCUGCGACAACGCGAUGGAGAUGGUCCUGGAGCACUAUCCCAAACCCGGGAAGGAUCGCAAAUCCAAGUUCGUCAAAGAUGCUAUGGUGGAGCUCAACAAGCUAGGUAUUGUUGGAAUGCACGAUGCUGGCGUUGUUCCACGUGAUUUGAAGCUGUACGAGGAGCUCUCGCACGACGCAGAUUGGACUGUGAGGGUCAAUGCAAUGAUUGAAUGUGAUGCUCGAAACACGUUCUGUCCGAGCGAUGUGAAGAAGGUCAGCACAGCGAACGGCAACUUCCACGUCCGAAGCGUCAAGCUGUUUGGUGAUGGCGCGCUCGGUAGCUGGGGCAGUGCCAUGAUUGACCCUUACAGCGACAAAGAGACUUCGACGGGCUCUCUGCUGGUUAACGCAACUUUACUUUCCUCCCUGACUCAGAACUGGGCAGCUGAAGGAUAUCAAGUCAAUAUCCAUGCAAUCGGUGAUCUUGCGAACCGACUUGCCAUCGACGCGUUCGAGAUCACUCUUAAGCUGCAAUGCCCUGACAUCACAAAGCUCAAGCAGUGUCAGCAAGAAAAGUUCCGCUUCCGCAUCGAGCACGCACAGAUCAUUCACCCAGACGACCAGCGCCGCAUGUUCGAACUCGGCAUCGUUCCUUCCAUCCAACCCACUCACGCCACCUCGGAUAUGGGAUACGCGGAGUCCAGACUCGGUAAGCAACGAACGGCAGACGAAGCCUACAGGAUGCGUUCGAUCCUGCCUCUCGGCCCGAUCCUCGGUAGCGACUUCCCAGUCGAGCCGGCAAGCAUUUUCGAAGGCAUAUAUGCAGCUACUACACGCCGUAGCCCACGAACAGGUCUCGAUCCAAGCGGUGCCAAGACUGGCUGGUAUCCUGAGGAGACUCUCACCGUAGAGGAUGCUUUGAAAGGGUUUACGAUUAACCCCGCGUUCGGUGCGUUCUUAGACGGUCAAGCGGGUGUCAUACAAGAGGGUGCGUGGGCAGAUUGGGUUGUACUCGAUCAGCCACUAGAGGGUUUGGAUCUUGACGAUCUUCGUAAGGUCAAUGUGCGCGAGACGUGGGUAGGCGGUAAGUUGGUCUACAGACGGCCUGAUCAUUGAAAACACCGACUUAACCCCUCAUGCGAGGCUUUCAGAACAAGCGUAACAACGCGACGCGCUGCAGGUGCUUGUCGUAACACUGACGGCCAAGAGGAAGAGAGUUACUAGAGUCGAGGUUGGGUACACUAGGGCACACCCGGCCCCACGGGACCCUGACAUUGUGUCAGACCCUUCACCCUAAGGCGUUUGAAUACACUCUCACCACCUUCCUGAUUG